UCCAGCUUGUCUUUCUGAAUAAAUAAUUUCAGUUUUUCUCAUGUUACUCAGUGCAGCUACUGUGCAUACACUUCUCUUUCAUUCAGACUUAGUGCUCUUUUGAACAAAGACUGACAGUUUAUUCUUAUGAUAUCUGCUAAAGCCAGUUAUUGUGCUUACUUAUGCCUGUAAUUCCUUCCCGCUUUUCAAUAAUGGGCAGAUGAAACCUCCCAACUAAAAAGAAGGUCCUUUUGCUACCUCCAGCGUAGGCUCAGGACAGACACACUUGACUACAACUUGUCUUUUUUUCAAUAGGAUGUGUGAAAAGACCUCAGGUAUUUCAAGACUUGUAUGAGUGCAGAGUGGAGACAACUCAACUUUGCCUGUGAUUGUUACUUGGUUCAAAGUCAUGUAUGGUCCAUACCGACACUUUGCACAUGCUUUUUUUGAUAGGUAACUUUUUUGUGCUUAUGUGCUUUAGCCCCAGUUCAGCAGUUGACCACACAGAUAAAUUGUACUCUUGACUGCACAAAUGUUUUUAGAAGUAUCAGCAAUGCUUUAUGUGCAUGCAAAAUCCUAUGAGUCUGAAUUACCUGAAAACUGUUAUUGCCAAAACUGAAGCUUAUGAAUUAUCACUGUUUGUUAUGUCAUUUUGUAGUCCAGAAAUUGCACUUAAGUUCUUACCAGUUUCACCAUCAGCUGUGAAUGUUUCGGUACCCUUCUGUAUUCCAGAGAUUCAUACUGCCUAGCUCCUGCAUUGAACCUGUCCUACUUGAACUUGCCUUCAGACCUUGAAAAUAUUUAGGUUGCUUUUAAGCCAGCAGGCAGUUACAGGCACAAGAAUGUGUCUUCAGUUUUAAAACUUGCAUAAAUUCCUUACUGUUCAUGGACAAGGAAGUGUGAUACGGGGUGAACCUCUGAUAACUCUUCUCACACAUUAUUGCAAUAAAUUUUGAGGCUCACUAUUCUGUGAUGGCAGAAAAGCUACUGCAUGCUUUCCCAGUUUGUAGCUUGGGAGAAGCAGAGGUAUUACCUAAUCCAGUUUCAAUGUGACUGCACUAUCUUUCAGCACAGAUUUGAACUCUGCCCGGAGGUGCCAAUUGGUUGAAGCUUAAAUGAUCUGUUAUUGUGCAAUAGAAACAUAUCACCUUUAUUCAAUCAAAAUAUUCUUGCAUGUUGAUCCACAAGAAAUUUGAUGGCUUGGCAGCGGCUUAGGGUGCAAAACCUUUCUAGACUGCUAAUUGAAACAUUCACAAUCUCCCAGUGACAACAUACUACUCUGGAUGUAGUGCUUUGAAUAUCUCUGGAGUCUUAGAGCAAUUUGAUAAUCUGAAUCUUCCUUUUUUUCGUUUGGUACUUUAUUUCCUAGAGAGAAAGAAGAGCUGUUUUCCAGCAGCUAUGCUGGUUUUACCUCCUUGCUUCUUCACAGAAAUAGUAAUUUUUCCCCGUUCCCCCUUUCCUGCUGUUGUAACCAGGAUUUGUUCCCACAUGCAAGCAAGCAAGCGGUGGCAGGGAGAGAGAGGGGGAGGAGUUCAGACUCGCUCUGCAAAUACAUACAGACAUAUUAAUCUAAACUGAUGCCUCAGAAGAAAAGUCACAGAUGAAGCAAGCAGCUAAUGAUGGCUCAGUCAAAGGCUCUCUUAGUGCUGGAAAACUUUAUAGGUGGGAAAUUUAUUCCUUGUUCCUCCUACAUAGACUCCUAUAAUCCGUCCACCGGAGAGGUCUAUUGCAAGGUGCCAGACAGUGGCAAAGAAGAGGUGGAAGCUGCUGUCAAAGCUGCCAAAGAUGCCUUCCCAAUUUGGUCCUCAAAAAGUCCAUUGGAAAGAUCUCAGAUCCUGAACAAAUUGGCAGACCUGAUUGAACAUGACCUGGAAGCAUUUGCUCAAGCAGAGUCAAAGGAUCAGGGAAAAACUAUUACAUUUGCCAGAACAGUGGACAUCCCUCGAGCUGCAUACAACUUCCGAUUCUUUGCCUCUUCCAUCCUUCACCACGUCACAGAGUGCACUGAGAUGGCAACCAUGGGCUGUGUGCAUUACACCUCAAGGGCACCUGUUGGAGUUGCUGGUUUAAUCAGUCCUUGGAAUUUGCCGCUAUAUUUGUUGACCUGGAAAAUAGCUCCUGCCAUUGCAUGUGGAAAUACUGUGGUUGCCAAGCCAAGUGAGAUGACAUCUGUCACAGCUUGGAUGAUGUGCAAGCUCUUGGAGAAAGCAGGGGUUCCUCAUGGGGUGGUGAAUAUAGUGUUCGGAACGGGCGCCAAGGCAGGAGAAGCCCUUGUCUGCCACCCCGAUGUGCCUCUGAUCUCCUUCACGGGAAGCACACUGACAGCCCAGCGGAUCACGGAGAAAAGUGCUCCACACUGCAAGCGGCUUUCGCUGGAACUGGGAGGCAAAAACCCCGCCAUCAUCUUCGAUGAUGCCGACUUGAGCCAAUGCAUCCCCACCACCCUGAGGUCCAGCUUUGCCAACCAGGGUGAGAUCUGUCUCUGCACCUCCAGGAUCUUUGUUCAGAGGGGCAUAUACAGUGAGUUUUUGAAGAGGUUUGUAGCAGAGGCCAAGAAGUGGAAGACCGGGAAUCCCUCAGAUCCUACAGUCGAUGUGGGAGCACUGAUAAGCAAAGAACAUCUAGAAAAGGUAAGAAACUAUGUGAAGAAAGCCCAGGCUGAAGGAGCCAGAGUCCUUUGUGGAGAGGGAGUGGAUGCUUUGGAUCUCCCACCUGGCAACCAGAAAGGCUAUUUCAUGUUGCCCACAGUUAUUACUGAAGUUAAGGAUGAAUCUUGUUGCAUGCAAGAAGAGAUCUUUGGUCCUGUGACAUGCGUGGUAGCAUUUGACACAGAAGAAGAAGUGAUCAAAAGAGCCAAUGGUGUGAAAUACGGCUUGUCGGCCACUGUGUGGUCCAGCAAUGUAGGACGGGUUCACCGGGUGGCACGCAGGCUACAGGCUGGAUUGGUGUGGACCAACUGCUGGCUUGUGAGAGAUCUGAACUUGCCAUUUGGUGGGAUGAAAGCCUCAGGCAUUGGAAGGGAGGGAGCAAAGGAUUCCUACGAGUUCUUCACUGAAGUCAAAACCAUCACAAUAAAGCACUGACAUAGGUAAAAGGAAGUAUUUUAGAGUAAAAUAACUGACUGUAAUUUGAGUUACAAAAAAUAAAUUACAGUAAUUUGAGUUACCAAAAAUGGCUCUCUAGAACACAGGCUGCUAUUGUGGCUAUCUUUUUCUUGAACAAAUAAUAUCAAUGACAACUGAAAACAACCAUCUCGAAAUGCUAAUGUUGAAGGCAGCUUUUCAUGUUGAAUGAGAAGAUCACUGUGGACUCCACAGUCAAUCCAUCCCCAGCCAGAUGACUUGCCUAUUUUAUGGAUCCUAAAGCUUAUUGAGUAUUCGGGUCUCAAAAACCUGUCUCUCUAAGGCAGAUUGGAGAAAGAGGGAUAUGUGACUGUACCUCUGGUUGAUGAAUUACCCUGAGGGACAAAGCGACAAGCACAUGGUAAGGCUGAUAUUGUAAUGGGAAACAGUCCAUUUUCACUCUAAACAGUAUGGUCCAAUAUCAAUCCAUAUUGCACUUCACUGAUAUCAGAUAAGGACUAAUGCUCUUCAACACUGAAAGCCUGAGGAACUACCUUUAAUUUACUAAGUGGUUUUAAACCAUGGGAUCAUGAAAUUCUCAUUAUAUUCAUGGAGACAAUAAAUAUUUUAGUUAUAA